AUGGAGAAAAACUUUUUAGCAGUCGGUUUAAUGAUGUUAUUGGGAGCCAGCUUCUACUUGAACAACACAUAAAAAGUAUCAGACGAAAUAGAUACAGGCGAUCUUUAUACAAAUUGGAAGAUGAAAUAUAACAAGAGAUAUACAAACCAAAGAGAUGAGAUUUACAGAUACAAGGUUUUCAUUGACAACCUAAAACUACAUCAGAGCUUUCUAUGA